GAAGCACAUGCUGUACUUUUCUGUGCACAUCAAAUCUGUUGCAUUAAUGAAAGAAAGCUUGUUUCACAAACUGAAAGCAUACAGCUAGGCAUUAAUGCACCGAUGCAAUGCAUGCAAUUUAGACAAUGCAAUUAGACGUUAGUAUGAUGUGGCAUGCAGGUAAUCCAUUCUUGUCAUGGGCUUGAGCUGCUGUUGUCCCCGGAUUGAACUGUCAUGGCUGCCGCGCGCUGUUGACUGAUUCUGGUUGGACGGGAGGCGGAAAAGCGCUGGCUCUGUACAUCCAAUAUGAAUGGGGUCAAUGCCAACCCUGACGCUCAGUUUGGGAAUGAAGAGAGGGGCAUUUGGCAUAAACGCCUGCGUCUCAGGAAGACCUCCUUUUCAUUCCCCACUGAACAAAACACUGUGAAAGAGGAGAAGAAUGUUACAGCAUGUGGAUGGAAAGUAACAGGGAAGUCCAAGAAAUGGCCUCGAUGUCUUCAGGCGGCGAACACCUUCACCUGCUCCUCGUGCAACGACGGCAUCUCCUUCAGACCCGGCGAAUUAACGAUGCAUUUUAAGAUCGCCCACGGAGGCAAAGGAAGCCCACCAAUGUUUCCAUGCAACAUGUGCGGUUUCUCUACGCCAGUGUUCACUACGCUUCAGCAGCACCGAAUGCAACACGAGGAUUGUUUGUUCGCUUGUGAGAUUUGUGAUGACUAUGUCCAGCAAACGCUUCCCCAACUGACCAAACAUUGUCAAACUCACCAUGCUCUAAACGGACAAUACUACUGCCCGAAGUGCAAACUCUCCUUCCAGGAGAUUAAGCAGUUUGUGUGUCACUCGAGUUGCAUUUCUGAUGGUAAUGCACGGAAAAACGAUCUCUUAAAGCACAUGGCUGCUGCGUGCCGUCAAAGGUGGAGCCGCAAAAAUUGGUGGAGAAAGCGGGCACACGUCAAGCAAGACAAUAACCUGUCCCAAGGGUUCAAGUACUUACUUCCAAAACCAGAACCUCAAUGGGCAUCCCCAUUGCUCCCGUUCUCCACACCCGGUCUACUGGACAACCACGGUGUGCUGCUGGAUCCAGAGAAGACCUUGGAGGAAGCGCAGCAGUUUCUCGAGAGAACCGUUUGUAGUGGUAAAAACUGGCCUGCAUCUCUCAAAAGCGAGCAAGCGGCAACAACAUCCCAUCCGUCACAAACGAAUGCAAAGCGAUGGGCCACGCCACACACUGGGAAAGAUAAGCUAAGCGGACUCAUGGAGAAGAACAAUAUAUCCGUUCCCCCAGAUUGCACUACAAAGGUGGUCGGGUUCAAGAUGGUGGGCAGCAAAAAGCAUUUAGUUCUCAAAGUCAUUCCUUCAAAGAAGCGAGACGUUUCGAAGGAUGCUCACACUGUGAAACCUGCCAAUCAGCAAGACGAAUCCAAUGAUAUUUCAACCAUUAAUGCCUCAGGAAACUGUUCUCAGGUGACGCCUAGAAGUUCUUCGUCCCAAACAACGAAGCAGGGGCAAUGUGUAGCUCAGCGGGACUUUUUGUCUUCGGUGGUUGAGAGGAUAAAAAGCCAACAAACCGAUGGAUGCAACAAUCAGGAACAUGCACGCAACCAUAAUUCACAUAUUCAAAGUCCCCGUGCAAAAAGAGCGAAAGACUGCCAAGACAAAGCUCUCAGUGAAUCCGAGGAAAACUUUACAGCAUGCCAAGGAGAUUCAGGAUGUCAUAGUGAUCUGACCUCGGAUACAGGUUCUUUGGAAGAAAGGUGUGGUUCACGUCUCCUUACAACAGCGUUUGAUGAAGAACACAAUCUUGCACUGGAUUCAAACUUCAUUCACCAUCAACCAAACACAUGCUCCAUCUCUGGGUUUGAUUGCGUGAGUCCGUCCUCUAGAUCUCCCCUGAAGGAUCUGACUGAGUCUUUGUGUCAAAGUGAAGCCGGGGGCCUGUUACUCCAUGGCAAUGCUGACGAGUGCACAAACAACAUGGACCCCAGAGAUUCUCUGGUCCCGGUAGAAAGCCGCAGCGCUCCAGACCUGCUUCACAUGGUGGAUGAUCUGCCUUUAACAACAGCCAUCCAUUUUCUGGAUGAAGUGGGAGCGGAUCGGACGUUAUCGCCACACACCAGCUCUGAUGAGCGUCUGAAAGAUUUAACAUGCGCUGGAGGUACAAGCCAGCGAUCUGAUCCGGUCAAUGCCAGCAUCUUCUCUCUCCUGCCUGAUGAUGCAAACUCUUCCACAUCUGUCCCAGAAACAGCAUCUGGAUCCAGCGAGUCAGGCAUCCCUCUCGCAUCGCUGAACAGAAAGCGCAUGGGAGAAACGUCCUCGGCGGACUCUCCCGUCAGUAAGCGAUCGACUCGGGCCUCGGAAGACGUCAGCGCCUCCGUCCUCUUCUGGGAGCCAGUGCCUCGAGACGCUCCGGCGACCCUUCGACUGAUUCCCUACAGCUCCUCGCAAUCCGUUAAAAUCCCACGCGAAUACCAGCCUGUCAUAGUUCUCAACCAUCCCGACACUGAUAUCCCCGAGGUCUCAAACAUCAUGAAAGUCGUUCACAAGCACAAAGACGCCGUGCAUCGUGUCGUACUUUCUCGUAAAACUCUCCGAGCUCUUUCCGAGUUUAACUGCGACGCCUUUCGCCAUAAUCUCGUCGCCAAUUGCCACGCAUCCCACCGCAGGAGAGAAUGGCCAAACGGGACCGUUAAAGAACGGCUCGGCUUAAAACUGAGGCUCAAAAGAGUGUGUGGAAGAAAGUACACCGUAGUACCAACAGUGUCGGAGAGCAUCGUGCUGCAGCCGACGUUUAGAUGCUGGUUUUGCGGGCGGCUUUUCACAAACCAAGAAGCUUGGGUGGGUCACGGACAAAGGCAUCUAAUGGAAGCAACCAGAGGCUGGAACCAGCUCUUCAACAGAUAGAAAUGCAUUCAUCUUCAUUUUUAAGAAGUGCUGUGAAGAAUCAGGGUUACUGUGCACAUCUCAGGGUGAGAAAAAUAUCUUCGUCUUUCACCGUUUCGUUCUUUACAGUAAUAAACCCUUUUCGGGUGACUGACUAUUCAAGUUGACACGAGCAAAGCAUUAUUUAUUUCGUUCCGCAAUGUGAAAACGUGCAGUGCAUUAUCUAAUAGAUUAAAAAUCACUGUGUUUUGAUACGGUCAGACCAAAUCCAUCUCAGAUUGCUGCAGAGACCUCUGUUGUAUUAUUCCACUUAACAUCACAACAUCAGUUCGUCUUAAUACUUGAUGUAGUUUUGCAUUAUUUUAUUGCUUUAUUUUUGAUGUUUAAAAUUAGGGCAUGUGUUGUUUAACCAUUACUACUUUGUUGCAUUACUAAUCAUCUUUCAUAAGGCUUUGUGACUGAAAUGUUUACAGAAAUUGUCGAUUGUCUUUGUAGGAUUCUACAAAUCUGGUUUAGCUUCCUCUGUUCGACACAUUGCCGGUAUAUUUAGCAUUAGUUUAAACUACAUCUGUAUGCAAGAGCAUAUGUUGACGCAGCAUUGGUGAAAUUAUGUUUUGUAUUUAUGCGAAUUGUCUAUAUUUAUUUUUUCAGCGUGCAGUCGGCUGAUAAGUCACAUGGGUUUGAUUAAGGGUUUAAUCAAGACUUUAAAUUAAUUAUCGCAUUGUUAAUGUAUUAUCCAUGGAUAAAGAAUGUUGCAACUGUGAUGUUUUGGUCUCAGUAGUCAGAAUUUUCCAAAAAUAUUUUUAUUCUCAUUUAUGAAGCCAAAGGUUUUUUUUUAGGAUCAGUGUAAUCUGAUCAGAAUAAUAAUUUCUUGAGUUUUUUUUCACCAGGUAAAAACGAGACCCUCACUGACUUGAAAAGUUUGUUGAUUGCACUGCGAUUCAGGCACUUAAUAGUGGUGUGAAUUUUCCAGAAAUAUUUGAAAAUGGCCUUUAUUCCAGGUCUGUGAUCCACUUCACUUGAAACCAAAGUAAACGUGUCUCUCUUAUGUUUGUAUAGAUGUUUAAACACAGUGUUGCACUAAACAGCUGUGAAUGACGCCUUGCAUUGCUGUAUUGUAGAAGUGCCUCCACAAAAAAACCCUGUAGA